AAUACCAUGCUGAGUUAACAGUGAUGUAUUUAUUAAUAAUGCAGUGACGUAAGACUGAUACUUAUCCUGAUGAAAAGCUCAGGAAGUUAUCAGUUUCUCCGUGUACUGUGGACUCCUAGGUUUAGGUUCCCUUAAAUCAGAACGGUCAGUCAUAAUUAUCCUUGAGAUAGCACUGUAUUGGAGACCUACUGUCCCAUCUCUAAAAGAGUCUUUGCUAUGGAACAUGACUGUAGUGUCCCACUUAACAGGAUUACAAUGGUUGACACAGAAAUGCCGUUUUGGCCAAUUAAUUUUGGAAUUAGUCCAGUGGAUCUGUCUGCAAUGGAUGAUCAUACACAUUCCUUUGACAUAAAGCCGUUUACCACUGUUGAUUUUUCAAGCAUUUCUUCACCGCACUAUGAAGAUAUUCCUCUUGCAAGAACUGAUCAGACAAGCAUUGAUUAUAAAUAUGAUAUCAAGCUCCAGGAUUGCCAAAGUGCAAUCAAAAUGGAGCCUCCUUCCCCACCCUAUUUUUCAGAAAAAGUUCAGUUGUACAAUAAACCUCAUGAGGAGUCUGCCAACUCCCUUAUGGCUAUUGAAUGCCGUGUGUGUGGGGACAAGGCCUCUGGAUUUCAUUAUGGUGUGCAUGCAUGUGAAGGUUGUAAGGGCUUUUUUCGAAGAACAAUCAGAUUAAAGCUAAUUUAUGACAGGUGUGAUCUUAAUUGUCGCAUCCAUAAGAAAAGCAGAAAUAAAUGUCAAUACUGCAGAUUUCAGAAAUGCCUCGCAGUUGGAAUGUCACAUAAUGCCAUCAGGUUUGGGCGAAUGCCACAAGCGGAGAAGGAGAAGCUCUUGGCAGAGAUUUCCAGCGACAUCGACCAGUUAAACCCUGAAUCUGCUGAUCUGCGAGCACUUGCCAAGCAUUUGUAUGACUCAUAUAUAAAGUCCUUCCCUCUGACCAAAGCCAAGGCGAGGGCGAUCUUGACAGGAAAGACGACAGACAAAUCACCAUUUGUUAUUUAUGACAUGAACUCUUUAAUGAUGGGAGAAGAUCAGAUCAAGUGCAAGCACACGUCUCCACUGCAGGAGGAGAACAAAGAGGUGGCAAUCCGCAUUUUCCAGAGGUGUCAGUUCCGCUCGGUGGAGGCAGUGCAGGAGAUCACCGAAUUUGCCAAGAACAUUCCAGGUUUUGUGAAUCUUGACCUGAAUGAUCAAGUAACGCUCCUGAAAUACGGUGUCCAUGAGAUCAUAUAUACUCUCUGGGCUUCCCUGAUGAAUAAAGAUGGAGUUCUUAUAUCUGAUGGACAAGGAUUCAUGACACGGGAGUUUCUGAAGAGCCUGAGAAAACCUUUUUGUGACUUUAUGGAGCCCAAGUUUGAGUUUGCUGUGAAGUUCAAUGCACUGGAAUUAGAUGACAGCGACCUGGCAAUAUUUAUAGCUGUCAUUAUACUAAGUGGAGAUCGCCCAGGUUUGUUAAAUGUGAAGCCCAUUGAAGAUAUACAAGACAAUCUGUUGCAAGCUUUGGAGCUCCAGCUAAAGCUGAAUCAUCCAGAAUCAUCACAGCUGUUUGCAAAGUUGCUUCAGAAAAUGACGGACCUCAGACAGAUUGUAACGGAACAUGUGCAGCUGUUGCAAAUAAUAAAGAAAACGGAGACAGAUAUGAGUCUUCAUCCACUCCUACAAGAAAUCUAUAAAGACUUAUAUUAAUGACCAUAGUAGUUCUAAUCCGCUGACAUAAUGUAUGUUCUUCAGAUUGCACUAUUUCUUUGAGGGAAGACAUUGCAUACCUAAGAAAUUACUGUGAAACAGCAUUUAAAAAAGAGAGAGCUUAGUAUAGUAGAUCUAUUUUAUGCAUAUUGUUUAUAAAGACACAUUUACAAUUUACUUUUAAUAUUAAAAAUAUCUAUAUCAUGAAAUUGUUGGCAGUAUUUUCAGAAUUAAUUUUUUAACUAUCUUAUUUCUUAAAAUUGCUUGUCCAGUAUGAUUGAAGCUUCACUGAAGUUGGUUAAACAUGCAGUUAAAUUUUCAACUUAAAAAUAAAAAUCUUUUUCCAGAAACAUUUCUAGGGAAACAUUUUAAGUAUUAUGUUUGAUUCUGUGCCCCCUAAGGCAGCAGCCAAAUAAGAAAAUAAUUGAAUCACAGAUCAGUGCAACUUCCUAUGACAGCCUAAAAGGCAAAAGUUAGAUGUGUCAAAUCAGAUAAUAUUUAUGCCUACCAUAGUAUAAUUUUACAUUAACAGAGCUCUGUAAAGAGGUAAGUGAAGUGAAAAUUUAGCCCAUCAUUUGUGGGCAAACCCAAAAUCUAGACUCCAUUUCAAGAAAUAAUUAAGUCAGGAAUGUGCACUGCUCAUCACUCUUAGGAAGCAGAGUCUUUUCGAUUACUGUGCUGAGUGCAAGUCCGAGGCAGGCGGAGCAGCGGCCUGCGUGGAGGCGCUGCCCCCACGGCCUGGAACGCACGUGCCGCAGCAGCCAGGGCUCAUGCAGCUUUUGGCCACCCUGGUAAGUUUGUACUUGGAAUAGGUUCAGACUAUCCCACUUGGCCUGAGACCUUCCCAAAUUAUUUGAUGAACUAUCACUGACAAACAUAUCAGCCAGAAAUGUCAUGAAGAAUUGGAAUAGAGUGACUCCUCUUAAACAAAAGCAAGGUUUGAAUUCAUUCUUGGAAAACACAAACCUAUAGUAGAAGCCCCACUGUGUUAGUUUGACCUGAGCUAUCACUGUUUAUCACUGGGAACAAGAAUGCUUAGAGAUGUUCAUUGCUGUUAAGAUUGUUAGGUUUUUUCUAAUAUAUGUUGCCCUAUAAUGUUACCUAAGAUUUUCACUGGGAACAAAGCAGAGGAGGGUAAAUAAAUUGAAUGGAAGGUGAAUUCACUUGCACUAUCUUCUUUUGGUAGUCUCAGUACUGACGUGAGAUUCCUUUAGACUCCCAUCUGCACUACUGACAUUUGCUGUCAGUGACUCUGGUCCUUGAGAAAGUCAAGCCGGUGUGAUCCACACUGGCAGACCAGGAGAGAGAAUGCUAGAAAAAAAGACACUAAUUUUAACAUAUAUACUGAAGUAAGCAGUGGUCCCCAGUUGAGUAUCACUACUUUCCUCACUUCUACACAUUUUAUUUAUGUAGCAAAAAGCAUGCCUUAAACUUAGUGAGACAAGUUCAGUGGUGAUAUGUAAGUGGACCAAAAGGGAAUGUAAGUGUAUGUGUGAGUAGCCUGGAUUUUCAGUGAGCAUAAAUUGGCCUUAGUCCUGAUGUGGACCUCAGAAAAUCCAAGCUGCUGGAAAUGAUGCAAUAAAGAGGCUGGCAGAGGCAAAUAUUAAAAGAAUUCCUUUUGCUCAUGCCUUGUAUACCUGAAAACCUUUCCUACUACUUAUUUCAGAUAAUCUCUGGGCCUACAGUCAGUAGUAAGCACUGUGCCCACCAAGAAGUGUUUGGAGAGUUGGAUCAUUCAGCCUCAAGGAUUAAAACCCACAGAUGAAAUUGCACUGAGAUGAAGUCAGUAUGAGGCUGAAGUGAGCAGCUUUGAUCUUCACUAUCUGCAAUGAGAUCAUUUCAGGUAACUUAGAAAUGAUUGCCAUAAAGCAAAUGGAAUACUGCAUGUUAAUGAUCAAGGCUGCAUGUUUCCCUGCACAUUUCAAGACAGGCACAUUGUGCAAGCUGAGCGUCAGAUUCUGACAGGAAUUACAUGCUCCCUGAUUUGUGGUUGUUACAAUUCAAAAGAGAAUAUCCUUUCUCUUCUUAAGUUAUUUUCCACUGGACACUGGCCAUUUGAAAUUUUGCCAUCGAUCGCUUAGUGGAAGAGCCUCUAUUUAAUUGCAGAGUUCAUCCCCUCCUGUAGGAGGAUAUAUCAAAGAUUAACUGGUAUUGAGAUGGACCUUAGUUCCAACACUGAAUUCUUAUAAUAGUGACACACAGCAUAAAUUAUUAAUCUGAGACUGCAUUUCAUAUACAAUGCAAUUUUUCGUUGGCCUCACUAAAAACGGGAGUUCAGAUUCAUUUUUAAAUAAAGAGGAAUUCUAGGGCAUAUUCUUAUGUAAGCAAUAUUAAACAUUACUUCAAAAGGACAGUGGAAGAGAUGCAUUGACAAUGAAAUUAAGGCCAUGACUUCGUUACAGGAAAAACUUCUGUGUGACCAAGAAACACGUCAUUAACUCAAAUAGCUUAAUUUUACUUUAUUGCAAGUGGGAAUAUUUUUAAAAGUAGCAGUUUGGCAGUGGCACUGCUUAAGUAGUUCAGUCCGAUAUGGUCAUACAAUGCGUCUAUUUUGAGAGCGGUAGUGUAAUGGUAGUCAAAAUGGUCUCAAGAUAUAAGGGAAGACAGAUUCGCAGGAACAGGUGAUAUUCUUUAUUAGCAUGAAAGGACUGACUGCUCAAAAGCCUAUACUUUUUUUCCAACUGUAUCAGCUGCUCUAAUAAAAUAUAUUGCUCUCCCUACAUCCUGGCUUCUCUUACAUUUUGAUAGUUAUUCAUCAUGUUUUCCUCAAGCCAUGGAAAAUGUUAAUUUUUAUGUGAAUUACUAAUCACAGAAAUGUUCUGAUUCUAAACAGUUACAUCAUGGUUAGGAAGUUUUGCCUAAAAUACUUUUCUACAAGAAUAGGUCUUAAGGGAAAAAUGUUCAUUUAAUGGACAAUUGCUGUGUACUAAUUUAGAACAAAUGACUGUUAUGAGGAUAUGAAAACAUUUUCUCAAAAAAAUAAUGUUUUCUCUUGUGAAUUAUAUUCAUAAUUUUGAUCUAAUUGUAAAUACUUUUUUGUUUCUAUGGGAUUUUAUUUAUUAAAAACAAGAAACUUGCUAAUGGGAGUUUAUAA